CUCGUCUAGUCAUAUUAAUGGCUGAGAAACGAAGCGCAAUGGCAAACUCCUCCCCGCCCUCCCGCGGCUGCAACAAGGCACGGUGGGAAAGAGGCGGGAAUAGUUGAGAGGAAAGAGUCCGAAGGCCAGCCGUGGUCCGCCUAGGCUUGCAGCUGGGACUGCCUAGAAGAGGGGCGUUUCCCUGGAUGGCAAACAACUGCAACGCUGCUUUUUGUUCGAACAAAGUGAAGGGCGUACUUUGGCCUCUUUAGCCGGCAGCGAGGGCAAGGGAGGAGCGAGUGUGCUGGAAAAGAAGAGGAAGGAUUUAAAGGCUGGGGGAAGGGAAGGCGGGCCUGAGCUUGCCCGGCUCCUGUGUUUUGCUUCUGUCCGUGAGAGAAUUAUUGGCGUAGACGAUGGAGUCCGCUUUGGAUAUCACUGUGUUGAUUGCAUUGGGGGUUGGUGCAGCAUCCAUUCUGUUGCUUUUUUUAAAAGCAAUGGGUUCUCAAAAGAAGAGUAAUCCAAUUACCUUGCAAGACCCAAAUCUCAAGUAUCCAUUGAGUUUGAUAGAGAAAGAGGAAAUCAGCCAUGAUACCAAACGGUUUCGGUUUGGGCUCCCAUCAUCAGAGCACAUAUUGGGCUUGCCUGUGGGUCAACAUGUAUAUCUGUCUGCCAAAAUUGCUGACAACCUUGUGAUUCGGGCCUACACUCCAGUUUCUAGUGAUGAAGUGAAAGGCUAUGUUGAUCUAAUUAUAAAGGUUUACUACAAAAAUGUUCAUCCCAAGUUUCCAGAAGGUGGCAAGAUGUCCCAGCAUUUAGACAGCAUGAAAAUUGGUGACACCAUAGACUUUAGAGGACCUAAUGGGCUCCUGGUAUAUAAUGGAUCAGGUAAAUUCACUAUCAAGCAGGAUAAGAAGUCUGAAGGCAAGAUAAAGUUUGCAAAAUGUCUUGGAAUGAUAGCUGGGGGAACAGGGAUCACUCCAAUGCUUCAACUGAUUCGACAUAUCACAAAUGACCCCCAGGACAACACAAUGUGCUACCUCCUUUUUGCCAACCAGACAGAGCAAGAUAUACUAUUGAGACAAGAGCUUGAAGAGGUAGCUGCAAAUCAUCCAGACCAGUUUAAGUUCUGGUAUACUUUGGACAGACCCCCUCAAGGCUGGAAGUACAGUUCUGGUUUUGUUGCUGCAGACAUGAUAAAGGAUCAUCUCCCUCCCCCUAGCAAUGACACUCUGGUUCUGAUGUGUGGGCCUCCACCUAUGGUUCAGUUUGCUUGUCAACCUAAUCUCGAAAAACUAGGGUACGCUAAAGAGAGCACUUUUGCUUACUGAAGCUGAAGUUGUACUAAUCCUUUUGAUUAAAUGCUGUAAAUAUGCA